AUGUACGCCUACGAGUGGUGUGAGCAAACCAAGGCGGAUGCAGUGCCAUCCUCAAAUUGUGAGCAGCUUCGAGAACUUCCUUCCUCAAGUCAUGAAGAUUUGAGACGCGUAGGCAGCCACGAUAACCUCGAAUACAGUGUCCUAUACCACCGUUUUCGGCUCACG